GUCGCUAUCUCGAGCCUGUUAAAGACAAUUCUACUCGGGAGGAGCGACAUGAAGAGGAACUGACAUAAGUUAUUUCUUCAGGAGAUCUCAGUGUAACAAAAAUGCCGGUGUCAGCAGCGUCUGUUCUGUAGCUGUAUGGUGGUAUAUUGCUGAUUAUGCAUCAAUUGCAGUUGUGAUGAGUCUAGAUCGUCUAUAGUCAUAGCCCAAGGAUUACUGGAGGACCACUUUCGCUGCGCGUCCUAUUAGGAUAUUUUACAGCAAGGCUGGUGCGUCGAACAGGCUCUCAAAAACCAUCGCACAGCCACGUGUUGCGAGGGAAAUUUUCCCGCGCUGCAACAGAUCGAUAUCUGAGCUAAAUUUAGAAUCAUCAGCAUCCUUUUCCAUCAUGGCGCCGAUUGUAUGGAACGAUUUCUUGCCAAUGACAUCAGAGAUGGAUUGGUGCGAACCGAAUUAUGCUGUCACGAGUUAUAUAGCGGAAUUCUAUAAUACGAUAAGUAAUCUACCGCUAGUGAUCCUACCAAUUAUUCUAAUCAUCCUCAACAAGGAGUACUCCAGGCGAGUAUCGUGUGGGCCAAACGUCAUCUGGGGACUAGUCAUCACCGUCGGACUCGGUUCGACCUACUUCCACGGUACGCUGAGCCGGAUGGGACAGCUUCUCGAUGAGGUGACCAUCAGUUGGGUCGUGCAUGGCACAUUCGCUCUCCUCAUCCCAAGACACAUGCUGCCAAUUAGCUUAAAGGGAGACAGAGCUACUGUGAGAAAUUUGAUGCUUCUCCUGGCUGCGAUAUGGUCUAUCCUUGCCAUCAUCAUUCCUGCCGUCACACCUGUUAUCCUACAGUUCCUUGGCAUACCAUGUUUCUAUGUCCACUUUCGCACGAUGAGAAGAUGUGAUUGUCCUGAGGUCGUCAAGCUCGGCAACAGAGCUGGAGUCAUCUUCCUUCUCGCCACAGCCUGUUGGCUUGCUGAUCAAAUGUUCUGUCCAUUCUGGAUCAGCAUCAACUUUCCGUAUCUUCACAGUUUCUUCCAUAUUUUAGCUGCCUUCGCUGCCUGCUCUUCAAUCACCAGCUUUGUUUACAUCGAAGCAAUAGAAAAAGUGCCUGAACAAAAUCCGCAUCUCAAGUAUUGGCCAAGUAACGAAUGGAAAGUCCUUUCAGUGCCUUAUAUCAGGUUUGGAGAGGAGACCAAAAAAUCCGAAUGAUCAGUUUCCGAUACUCAUCACGACGCCUGUGGCUUUAUACCCUAUAUGCUUUAUCAUGAAUUCCAUAAAAUGUCUUUAGUGGCCAAGAUGGUGUUGGACUGAACACCGUGUAUCCGGUGCCUAUCGGGAGGUUUUCAUGGACCAAAAGGGAAGAGCCAUAAGACAAUCACAAAACCGAUAGGAGCCUCCUACAAAGGAGCCAUUAAUGAUGAUGAUAAUAGCAGGCCAACAGGUACUUGUCGAGAAGUACCCCAUGGGUACCCAUAUGGCCGCCGACACUUGCCCAUAUGUUAGUUAUAUGGGGCCAAUAAAUUUUACUAUGUCUUCUGAUAACGACAAGGGACAAUAUAUGUGGUGAUGUUGGAAAGACCAAGAACCAGGGGAUGUUUACACGAACUGGUCCUUGGUGAGUCGGUCUCCGGUUGUCAUGUAUAACAACUUCCUUGUGCAGAAAAGCAUCUGGCAAUAUCUGGCCGCAAAUUAUGAAGCAAGAUACAAUGUGUAAGGUCUCCUUCCUGGUUGUGACUGUCACAGAGCUAAUAGUGCCUCUGUGUGCUCCUUGUCCACAGAAAGACCAUGACACUUUGGUUGUGUAAUCGGUUGUGAAGUUGUCACAACCUCCCUUCAGCCGCUUCCCUGACAGAACUCUUACAACUGAAGACAACACAGAAAAGCAAAGGCAAGAAUAAUCUUUUACCAUUUUCUUCUAUAUCGAUCUUCUGAACAGCACAUUGUUGCAAAAAUUACAGGUUCAUUUCAAAAUAUAAAGUUGAAUCAAAACAGAGU